CCACUGCGAACAGAAUGCCAGGGCCCUCCACCGUGAACACAUCAAACCCACCACCAUCCCACUCUUAAUGUUCCCGUUGUUGCAUUUACAACAAUAUAUACAGUGUAUUUAUUUUUUCCAUAUUGAUUGAUUUACUAUUGCUAUUAUCAUCUGUAGCUGCUUGUCCUGGACAGGUCAAUUGCAGGAGACAACCAUUCACACUCACACACAUCACUGCAUUAUUAUUUUAUUUCAUUUCAUGCAUACUGUGUCCAAAGAUACUUGGCAAUAAAGUCGCCCCUGAUUGUGAAAGCUCGUACCGGAAGUGGCGUCUUCCCCUGUUUCUAACUUGACGCUUCCUCUCGGCUCGCUCAGGGGGCUGCGCGGCGCCUUUAGGACCUGGCGGAGCGUUCCGUGGAAGCACAUGUUCCCCACUCAUAAGACAACACUUCUCGGAGGUAAUUGCCUUGGAAUUGAUGCCAUUCCAAUGGGCGGCUGAGACUACAGCAGCUCUGCGCAUCUGUCACUCUUCUCCUCCUCGAUUUCUGCCACAUUUCUCACUUUUUUCUCCCCCUCCUUCUCUCCCUUCAAUUGAAUGGGAGUUGGAUCAGCUGUCACCGGGAUUUCCUAGAGCACCGCUCAUAUACUUGAUCAUAUUUCAGGAAGUCCUUUUUUUUUUUUUUUUUGGUUGGGAGGCUCCUGCUGCACAUCAGCUGUUGCGGGACCGCUCCUGUGAUUGUACGAUGGUUGGCGACGCGCUGCAGUGACACAGUCGGCCGGUCCCGUCCACGCUUUCAGCCGGGCAUCAUGAAUCCCGAGAGCCGGAGUCUGAAGUUUGUUAUUCUGACAGCACUUCAGGCUUUAACUGUCUCGUUGUCCGUGUGUGACAGUGUGCUCUCCGGAUCUGCUGGAGGGAAUCUUUUGAGCACGGUGGUUCAACGCAGACCAACGGCGAAGCAGAAGCACUAUGGGACCACAGUACCUCUGCAGCUUGUUGGACAAGAUUGGAGACCAAUCAGUGAGCUGAAAUACCAGAGUCAGCCCGCAUCUCUGAAGCUCCUGAUUGAAGCGGAAGGCGAGCAGCUGCUCCUGUCCCUGGAGAAAAACGAGGGGCUGUUUGCAAGUAACUAUACCGAAACACAUUACCUGGACGAUGGCACCGCCGUGACAGGCCUCCACAACUUCACAGCAAAUUGCUACUACCACGGCGAGGUGGAGGGUCAUGUCAACUCAGAUGUCAGCCUCAGUACGUGUGCUGGGAUCAAAGGUUUUAUAUCUUUUGGAGGGAGAUCAUAUGUACUGGAACCGUGUGCUGAUCACUCUAAUGGGACUCACUGGAUCUACUCCGCUGAACACCUCAAUUUUACUCCUGGCAGCUGUGGCCAUGGUUUCAACAUAUCCUAUCCCAGUGUACCCGAAGACAGCAGUCCGUUCAGGGCCUUCAGCACCAGGCACAAACGCCACGCCCAGACCACAACCAAGUACGUGGAGCUCAUCAUCGUGGCCGACAACAGAGAGUUUCAGAAGCAAGGGAAGGACAUGGAGAAGGUCAAGCAGCGUCUGGCUGAGAUCGCAAAUUACGUGGACAAGUUCUACAGGGCUCUGAAUAUCCGCGUGGCCCUGGUGGGCUUGGAGGUGUGGAGCGAUGUGGACAAAUGUCCCGUCACUCAGGACCCCUUCACCACGUUGCACGAGUUCCUGGACUGGAGGAAGGUCAAGCUGUUGCCUCAGAGGCCGCAUGACAACGCCCAGCUGAUCAGCGGGGUGUAUUUCCAAGGCACCACCAUCGGCAUGGCCCCCAUCAUGAGCAUGUGCACGGCGGAGCAGUCGGGAGGAAUUGUCAUGGAUCACUCAGACAAUCCUCUGGGCGCCGCGGUUACUCUGGCCCACGAACUUGGACACAACUUCGGGAUGAACCACGACACGCCGGAGAGGGGGUGCGGCUGCAGAGUGACGGCGGAUCGCGGCGGCUGCAUCAUGACUCCCUCCACGGGGUAUCCGUUCCCCACCGUGUUCAGCAGCUGCAGCAAGAAGGACCUCACGGCCAGUUUCGAAAAAGGCGUCGGGAUGUGUCUGUUCAACAUGCCGGAGGUCAAGGUGCUGUACGGCGGGCAGAAGUGUGGCAACGGCUACGUGGAGGAGGGAGAGGAGUGCGACUGUGGAGAGCUGGAGGAAUGUAUGAAUCCCUGCUGCAAUGCGACUACCUGCACUCUGAAAGGCGAUGCCAUCUGUGCACAUGGGCAGUGCUGCCAGGACUGUCAGCUGAAGCUGGCCGGCACUCCAUGCCGCGAAUCCAGUAACUCUUGUGACCUGCCAGAGUUUUGCACCGGAGCCAGCCCUCACUGCCCCUCCAACGUUUACCUUCACGACGGCCACGCCUGCCAAAAGGUGGACGGCUACUGCUACAACGGCAUUUGCCAGACUCACGAGCAGCAGUGCAUCACGCUGUGGGGGCAAGGAGCCAAGGCGGCACCGGGCAUCUGCUUCGAAAGGGUAAACUCGGCAGGAGACCCCUAUGGCAAUUGCGGCAAGGACUCAAAGGGCUCCUUCGCAAAAUGUGAAGCACGAGAUGCUAAGUGUGGCAAAAUCCAGUGUCAAGGAGGAGCUAACCGCCCCGUAAUUGGCACCAAUGCUGUUUCCAUAGAAACAAACAUCCCGCUGAAGGAAGGGGGGAGGAUACUGUGCAGGGGCACUCACGUCUACUUGGGCGAUGACAUGCCCGACCCCGGCCUGGUCCUGACGGGGACCAAGUGUGGAGACGGAAUGAUGUGUCUGAAUCGUCAGUGUCAGAACGUCAGCUUGUUCGGCGUGCACGAGUGUUCGGCCAAGUGCAGCGGUCGAGGGGUGUGCAACAACAACAAGAACUGUCACUGUGAGGCUCACUGGUCCCCUCCAUUCUGUGACAAGGCAGGUUUUGGGGGGAGUGUGGAUAGUGGCCCCAUCAGACUCGCAGACAGCAGGAAUCUGACUGUGGGCAUCCUCGUGGCUCUGCUCACUUUCCUGGGAGCCGGUCUGAUCGUCUGCAUCAAGAGGAAAACUCUGCUGGGCCUGCUGUUCGCCAGUAAAAAGAACCCGAUUGAGAAGCUCAGAUCUGUAAGCGCUCCAAUCAGCGGACCGUCAGCUCCGAAUCAGCCUCCUUCAGCGAGCUCGUCUCCAUCUCGACCGGCCCCACCCCUGCCACACAGUGCCACUAUCUUCAAGGCUCCUCACCGGGGGCCAGAGGCGGGACUCCCCCCAGACCCCUACCCCGCUCACAGCCUGCGCAGACUGCCCCAGUGCCCUCCGGUUCACCUCAGCCACCCGGUCCCUCUGUCUCUCACCCUGACCGUCUCCCCCGGCGGCCGCGGGCAGCCGAGACCCCCGGUGCCGCCGCCUCACCGGGCCCCUCCGCCUCACAUCCACGUCGCAGCCAGAGGGGCGUCAUUCCGCGCCUCGUCGCACCAUAACUCCUGCAGGAUGGUCACGGAGCUGGAGAAACCAAGCCCUCCUCAAAAACCUCUACCUGCUGACCCGAGGAGCUCCCGUCUGGUGCGAAGUCCCUCCAGAGUCCAGCGGCCGUCUGCCGUCUGCGGCCCUGCACCCGUCUCCGGUGCACCCAGACCCGUCCGUCCUGUCCCACGCCCCAACAGGCCGAGUCCCAAGCAGCCUCCUACAUUACCAAAGCCUUGCAUAAUUGCCAACAUCAAAUACAGCAGCUGAGACUUUGGCCAGAAGGGACAUUGUUGUUGAGCGAACACACACACACAAACACAUUGAAGAAAAGAAAAGAAAAAAAAAAACUUUUGCACUAUAAAAACUUUUUUAACCUUAAAAAAAAAAAGAAAAAAAAGAUGGCGGCUCUCUCUUGAGUUUUGGAUCCGGAGACGUGCCGUCGUGUCCCUUUGGUGCUCUGUCUCUGAAUGGUGCUACGAGUCUGAGCUCAGGUACAUGUAAAGUAUUUAUAUUGUGUAUUUAUUGCCACGCAGUGCACUGUGCCAGACACUUUUACUACACGGUAGCAUCUUUGAAUUUUUAAUAGUAGCUGUUGUUUCAUUUUCAUUAUUUUUCUUCAUAUCAGAGCUGGUAUUUAUGAAGGAGAUGCGGGAGAUUUAAAAGAAAGCCAAUCUGUGAAAUGACGAUUUUUUUUGUGUGUGUGUGAAAUGUGUUUUAAAGAAGGGAACCCUUUAGGUUAUGGUUUGUUCUGUACGCUAAAUGAAAAAAAUUACAUAUGAGAACUUCAGACGAACAUUUGUAGCUCACUUUGGAACCCAUCCGCUGGAGUUUUUCUGGAAGGAUAACACUCUCAACAUCGAGCCAGUCUGAAAAAGUCUUGAAACAACCGUGGCGUUACUGCGACCGCUCCGCGAUCAGGAAAGAGGUGCCGGCUUUUCACACGACAGUGUGUCUUCUUCAUUUUUAUUGCGAGAAAUAAACCGAGUUGAAUCGUGAAAUGUCACUGAUUUGCCAUUUCCCUUUCAUUAACGAUGCCCGAGAAGCUCACUCGAGGAACAUGGGCACUGAGGUAUGAACUGAACACGGGAGAAAGUAUCCAUCCCUCAGAGGGCGCCUCCGAAAUAUUUGCUCCGCUAAAGGUCAUGUGUGUUUUAGGUGUUCUUUCAGCUCUUUCUCGAAGCUGCGCUCACGUGCGAACAGCUGCUGUCUGGCUAUAAUAUCCCUGCGGUAUUUUUAAAUCAUGUUUUUUUUUUUCAGUUUCACUCGACAAGGACACAUUUCUUGAUUUAUUUCCACCAGUCUGAAUGAAAUGAAAAGAACACUCGGUGUGUAGGCCGAAGCACCAGUCAUCCGAGGAGAGGAGGCUCAUUUUGUAGUUUUUGUACCUUUGGCGAUUGAGGUUGAAAACAAAUCUACACGCCACCGGAUGUUUUAAAUGAAGAAUGCUUUUUAUCAUUUAUGAAAGUACAGCUUCACACGUUAAGCAACAUUUCCUUUAAGCACAGCUGAUAACUGGAUAGACUUUUCCUACUUUUGAUACUGUAAGCUUUAUAACGAUGCACUAGUUUCCAUUGCUUUCUGUCCACAUGCUAAUAGACUAUGCUACGUCUAUAUGUUCCUAUAUGUUGUGUUACUGGUGAACACGUUUUCAUGGGGAAUGCUUCUUUAUUUUUUUCUUUUUAUUACUUUUUUUUUUUUAAUGAUGAUUGUUUGAUACAUCAUAUGUAAAGAAAAACUCUCCAAGUGUCAUUGUCUGCUCAUGGUAUUUUGAACACUCAAGCAGUAUUAGUAAAAACUUGUUCUUUUGCAAACACAA